AAGCGAGGCGCCGCGGUUGUGAUGGCGCCGGAGAAGCCUUUGCGCCUGUUGGCCUGUGGAGAUGUAGAAGGAAAAUUUGGAACUUUAUAUUCCAGAGUUCAAGCUGUUCAGAAGAAAAGUGGAGCAUUUGAUUUCCUUUUGUGUGUGGGAAACUUCUUUGGCUCUGCUCAAGAUUCAGAAUGGAAAGAUUAUCAAACAGGAGCAAAAAAAGCUCCUAUACAGACAUAUGUGUUGGGUGCCAAUAAUGCUGAAACAGUGCGUUAUUUUCCUGAUAUCAGCGGAUGCGAACUAGCUGAGAACAUCACUUAUCUAGGACGCAAAGGUGUCUUCAGCGGAGCUUCAGGACUUCAGAUUGCUUAUCUCAGUGGAGCUGAAUCCACAGAAGAUCCAGCUCCUGCACAUUGUUUUCGUACUAAGGAUGUGACUGAUCUCAAGACUUCCUUGCAAUCCACCUCAGAAUUCAAAGGUGUAGAUAUCUUGCUCACCUCUUGUUGGCCCAAGGGGGUAGAGAUCUUUGGCAACAGCACAGGAGAUGUGAACUCUAAGAAAUGUGGUUCAGGGUUAGUAUCUUUACUAGCUGCAAGUUUAAAGCCCAGAUACCAUUUUGCUGGUCUUCAGAAAAUCAAUUAUGAAAGGCUUCCUUAUAGGAACCAUGCUAUUCUUCAAGAAACCGCACAACAUGUCAGCAGAUUCAUCGCCCUGGCUGAUGUUGGCAACACUGACAAGAGAAAGUAUCUCUACGCGUUCAGCAUUCUUCCAAUGAAUUCAAUGGAUCCUGCAGAACUCAUCAAACAGCCCCAAGAUACCACCGAGAACCCAUACCGAAAGCCUGGGGAUGGAGGUUUUGCUUAUGAGUUACCAGAUGCAAAGGAGGAGCCUGCUAGCCAAUUUUUUUUCGAUUUAAGCAACAAGCCUAAAGGAAAGAAACGACCUAUGAAAGGAGAAGACAGACAGCCACCUAAGCGGUCACCUUUCAAGGCCCCAUUGCCGACAGCUGCCUGCUGGUUUUGCCUUGCCAGCCCAGAUGUUGAGAAGCAUUUAGUGGUGACCAUUGGCACUCAUUGCUACCUUGCCCUUGCCAAGGGGGGCUUGUCACCUGAUCAUGUCCUUAUUUUGCCCAUUGGACAUUAUCAGUCAAUGGUCGAGCUUGGUUCAGAAGCAGUGGAAGAAGUUGAUCAGUACAAGUCUGUGCUGAAAAAAUUCUUCAAAGCCAAAGGAAAAAGGUGUGUGAUUUAUGAAAGGAAUUAUAGGAGUCAACACCUCCAGCUCCAGGUUGUUCCUGUACCCGAGACCUGUUGUGUUACUGAAGACAUUAAGGAAGCCUUCAUAAGUCAAGCAGAGGAACGUCACAUUGAGUUAUUAGAGAUACCAGAACAUUCAGCUCUCAAACAAAUAAUUCAGCCAGGGACACCAUAUUUUUAUGUUGAACUUGAUAACGGAGAGAAACUCUUCCAUCGUAUUAGCAAAAACUUUCCCUUGCAGUUUGGAAGGGAGGUGCUGGCCAGUGAGGCCAUCCUUGGCAUGCCUGAGCGGGCAGACUGGAGAAGCUGCCAGACAGGACGGGACGAAGAAACUGCUGCAGCCCAAGACUUCCGUCAAGCCUUUGAGCCCUUUGAUUUUUCCCAGUCGGAUUGAGUAUCUGAAUGGAAGUGGGAAAGCUCUCUUGAACAGCUUUCCUUUGAAGCUUCCUGUCCAGCCAGAGGAAUUUUGCAUGGGUUGGAGUUCACCUUUCCUGCUGGCUAGGUCAUGAAGGAAGGCCUUUUAUAUGACGGGAACCAGUGCUUCCAAUGAAGAUUAUUUAUGAAGUCUUGCUGGCUCUCAUUUUGUCUGCACUUACUGACCUGUGGCUUCCAGAAGGCCUUCAGAAGAGGGACAUGCAAAAGAUUUUCUUUUGCAGCUGACCUCUCUAUUCCAGCCAGUGAGUUCAGGAGCUAUGAAUCCUCCUAGAUUGGGGAGGUAGUUUAAAUCCUCUGACAUUGGAGGUAGAUUUGCACAGUGUGCAUCACACAGUACCCCAAGUUCUUGUGCUCUGGCAGUAAAUCACUACUAUCCAGGUCAUGCUGUAUAAAUGGAGAUGGGG